GUCGGCCCUUUCAAGACAAUGGAUCGGUUAAGUGGUGAUAAUGAUAGYAACAACUUUGUCACCAAAUACUGUAAAUAUUUGAACCGUAAAGUGAUCUUAAAGACAGUAAAAGCCACACAUAUUGGUUCACUUAAAUGCAUCGAUCCGUUGACACAAACUGUGGCACUAGUAGUGACCAAACAAUCGGCUAACAGGUCAUCGGCUAAGCCAUCGAAAUUGAUUUUGGCGAUGAGUCACGCAAUCACAUCCAUAGAUUUGGUUGAUCAGACAGAUGACAGCGAUAACGACUAUAUGUCACUUGAUUUAAAUGAUUUGUUGUGCGGAUCGGUGUCCACACGAGACAGUGGUCAAUAUCAGCUAAGUGUCGACCAAUUGAUAGCUCGUAAACAAUCAGUGAUGAGUUGGUUACACAAGAAUCGCAUCCCUUGUGAGGCAUCAGAAGACGGGUCKCUGUGUAUCGCAUACGCACUGACUCUAAGAGCUCCCUAUACUAGCAAUGAAUGCGUUUGCGGUAAUGAAAUGGUUUUACAUCAGAUCCAAGUGAUGCUCGACUCGAUGCCAACCAAUUGAACACAAUUUGUAUAUUAAAUUUCAAUGCCAUUGAGUAUAAUAUAAUGUUAAAUCAA